AUGCUCAUUGACCCGGAAACACUCCGGAUCACUGCCAUUCUCGAUUUGGAGUUCACCAAUACGAUGCCAGCUGAGUUCACAUAUGACCCGCCCUGGUGGCUGUUGCUCUCUGGUCCGGAAAUGUGGCUUGAGCGCUGCGCGAUGGAAGAGUUUGUGACUCUCUAUGAGCCUAGAAUAGAGCAAUUCUUAGGAGCUUUAGAGCGAGUGGAAAAUGAAAUGGCAUUGGAGGUCAAACAACCCGGUAGACAGUCUCUCUCUGCCCGGAUGCGCGAUUCAUGGAGGACGGGUCGAUUCUGGUUCGACUAUGCGGCAAGAAAGAGCUUUGAUGUAGACACCAUUUAUUGGGCUGCAUUACAUACCGGCGGUGAGGGUGUUGAUUUGCUUGAUGAUAAGGCGCGUGCAGAGAUGGAGCCAUUUACGCAGAUUAAGAUGGAGCAGUUGAAGGCAUAUAAGGAGCAGUGUACUGCUCGUUUUUCCUCGGGGAUAUAG